AUGACAAAUGAAGAAUCAAAUACCUAUCCAAUAAGCUGGCUAUGCGGAUUGGUUACAUCAUCCAGCAUCUUAUCCAUAAUUGUUAUAAUAAUUAUGGGAAACUGCAUAGUCAUCUGGACAAUACUACAUGACAAUCGUUUGCGUCAGCAACAUCAGUAUUGGAUUGUAGCAUCCUUGGCAAUAGCUGAUUUGUCAGUUGGAUUGAUUGUUAUGCCAAUGACUUUGAUAUAUGAAAUAUGGAAAAAAUGGGUUUUAGGCCUAGUAUUAUGUGAAAUAUGGUUGGCUUUAGAUGUUUUAUUUGUAACAUCUUCAAAUCUUCAUAUAUGUGCAAUAGCUAUCCAUCGAUUUGUCUCUAUGAAAUUUCCUGUUAAAUAUGCAUCUUUACCACAUAAUAAGGUUACAACAAUAACUAUAAUUUUAGCAUGGUUGUUGUCACUCAUAAUAUCUCUUCCUCCACUUAUAGGAUGGAGACAUCAACAACGGAAUCAAGAAUGUGUAAUAAGCUCUGAUUUGGGAUAUGUUUUGUAUUCAGCAAGUGGCUCUUUCUAUAUUCCAAUUACUAUAAUAUUAUUUGUUUAUUGGAGGAUUCAUAAAAUAACUGAUGAAUACUCAAGAAGACGUCUACGAGAGAGUUAUCGAUGUUCCAAAGUAUUGGAACAAUCACAAAGCUUAUCUGGUGACAGUGAUAAUGUUCUUCAACAAAGAAGAGAAACAAUACAUAAAAAGUUACGCAAUAAAGAACGUCAAGCAACGUUUUUGAUUGGUUUGAUUCUCAUUGGAUUUAUAGCUUUAUGGUUACCAUUCUUUACUUUAUACGUCAUUGGUGGAUUCGGAUAUAGUUUGCCCGAUGAAGUAUUCCAGCCUAUCUUCUGGCUAGGCUAUUUUAACUCUGGUGUUAAUCCUAUCAUCUAUGCAGUAUUCAGUCCAGAUUUCAAACAAGCAUUCAAUAGGGAGUUCAAACAUUUUAUCACUUUAUAA